AUGGCAAUCUCCUCAACUUCUAACUCUCUCAUUCCCACCAAAUCUCUCAUCCCCCAAUCCCACCCUCUCAUUCCCGCCACCAACAUCAGGCCCGGCCUCAAGCCCAAGCCCGGCCCAUCUCAUUCAAUCUUUGCCGUCCACGCCGCCGAGCCCGCCAAAAACCCCGUAGUCUCCGACAAGCCCAAACCACAGACCCAGCCCCAGGCCCCGCCUCCCCCAGCCGCUACCCGGGCCGGAAAAUGGACCGUGGACAGCUGGAAGACGAAGAAGGCCCUGCAGCUGCCCGAGUACCCGAGCCAGGAGGAUCUAGAGUCCGUUCUCCGUACGCUCGACGCGUUCCCGCCUAUCGUAUUCGCCGGGGAGGCCCGGACGCUGGAGGAGCGCCUGGGCGAGGCCGCUCUCGGAAAUGCCUUUCUUCUUCAAGGCGGUGACUGCGCUGAAAGCUUCAAGGAGUUCAAUGCCAACAACAUCCGUGACACCUUCCGAAUCAUCCUCCAGAUGAGUGUCGUCAUGAUGUUCGGCGGUCAAAUGCCCGUCAUCAAGGUGGGAAGAAUGGCGGGGCAGUUUGCGAAGCCGAGGUCGGAUCAGUUUGAGGAGAAGGACGGGGUGAAGCUUCCGAGUUACAGAGGUGAUAACGUUAACGGAGAUGCGUUUGAUGAGAAGUCAAGGAUUCCGGAUCCGCAGAGGAUGAUUAGGGCUUAUUGUCAAGCUGCAGCUACGCUUAAUCUUCUCAGAGCCUUCGCCACUGGAGGUUAUGCCGCUAUGCAGAGGGUUACUCAAUGGAAUUUGGACUUCACCGAGCACAGCGAACAGGGAGAUAGAUACCGGGAGCUUGCUAACCGAGUUGAUGAGGCCCUUGGAUUCAUGGCUGCAGCUGGGCUCACGGUGGACCACCCAAUCAUGAAAACAACUGAAUUCUGGACAUCUCAUGAAUGCUUAUUGUUGCCAUAUGAACAGUCUCUCACUAGGUUGGAUUCAACGUCUGGUCUCUACUAUGAUUGUUCAGCCCAUAUGCUUUGGGUUGGGGAACGAACCAGACAGUUAGAUGGUGCGCAUGUUGAAUUUCUAAGAGGAGUUGCUAACCCCUUGGGAAUCAAGGUAAGUGAUAAGAUGGAUCCAAAUGAGCUUGUUAAACUCAUUGAGAUCUUGAACCCCCAAAACAAACCGGGGAGAAUAACUGUGAUCACUAGGAUGGGGGCUGAAAAUAUGAGGGUGAAGCUUCCACAUCUUAUCAGGGCAGUGCGCAGGGCAGGACAAAUUGUCACCUGGGUCAGUGAUCCUAUGCAUGGAAACACCAUUAAGGCUCCCUGUGGUCUUAAAACUCGCCCCUUCGAUUCCAUUAGGGCCGAAGUGAGAGCAUUCUUUGAUGUGCACGAGCAAGAAGGAAGCCACCCAGGAGGUGUUCAUCUAGAGAUGACAGGUCAAAAUGUGACUGAGUGCAUUGGUGGGUCAAGAACAGUCACAUUUGAUGACUUGAGCUCACGUUACCACACACACUGUGACCCAAGGCUUAAUGCUUCACAAUCUCUUGAGCUUGCUUUCAUCAUCGCAGAACGAUUGAGAAAGAGCAGGAUGAGAUCGCAGCAACCAAGUGACUCUCUAGGACUGUAA